UUAGUUUGCUUAGCCCUGGCCAGCAUCUUUGAGUAUGAGGCUGAAAGCCAGCCUCUUCGUCCAUGUGAACUUCAGAGAGAGAAGGCCUUUCAUGAUGGAGAAGACUACAUCCCUCAGUGCUCAGAAGAUGGACAGUUUAGGAAAAAACAGUGCGAUAGAAAGGGUCUUUCCUGCUGGUGUGUAGAUGAAAAGGGCAUUGAAGUCACAGGCACUAAGCGGUCUGGAUCAUCUCUGACUUGUUUGUCCUUCUGCCAGCUUCAAAAGCAGCAAAUUCUGGUCAGCCGCUACAUCAAUAGCAGUGAAACUGCCUACAUCCCACGGUGUCUGGAUUCAGGUGACUUUGACCCGGUGCAGUGUGACUUAGCUCUGGUACAAUGCUGGUGUGUCGACGGUGAAGGGAUGGAGAUUUAUGGGACCAGGCAGAAAGGAAAACCAAGGCAAUGUCCUGGCCGGUGUGAGAUUCGAGACCGUCGCAUUCUGCAUGGCGUUGGGGAAAAAAGCCCUCCACAGUGCUCAACUGAUGGAGAAUUCCUGCCUGUCCAAUGCAAGUUUGUCAACACAACCGAUAGGAUGGUCUUUGAUCUUAUCCAUCAUUUUAACAGGUUUCCCAAAGCAUUCUUAAUGUUUAGUUCCUUCAGAAGUUUAUUUCCUGAAAUCAACGGAUACUGUUACUGUGCAGACAGUCUUGGGAGAGAACUAGAAGAUACAGGUCUGGAAAUGUUGCUUGAAAAUGUGUAUGACACCGUUUUUGCAUCGCUGGAACCGGUUCCCACCUUUGCUGAAAGUAGCAUGUAUAGGAUCCUACAGAGACGUUUCCUGGGGGUACAACUAGCAACUACUGGCAGAUUCAGAUGCCCCUCUAAGUGUGAAAUAGAAUAUUUCACUGCCACUCGUUUUGAGGAGGAUUAUAAACCAUUGUGUGAAGAGAUUGGUGCCUACAAGCCAACACAAUGUCAACUGAAUGGAGAAUGUUGGUGUGUCGACAGCAGAGGACAGGAAAUCCCUGGAACAAGAAGGAGAGGACAGCAACCGAUCUGUGGCAAGGAGCCCAACUGUGUCUCUGAGAGACUAGUAUCUCUAUCCAGGCUUUUCUACGGCCCCGUUGGUCAUUUCAGCCAUAACAAUUUGUUUUCUGCUACUCCAGAGCCACAGAAAUUAGUUGGCUCCUUGAGAUUUUGUCCUUUUUCAUUCAGAGACUUUUUUGUGGGUUCCACAGUGCUGUCUUCCACCUCAGGAAAAACCAGCGCUGUUCAGCUCCUCACAUUUGAAACCCUCCUUGGUGAAGCCGUUGGUGGGAUGUUUCCUUCACGAGAACUUGCUCAGAUUGCCCUGCGGUUCACCAGCAAUCCCAAGCGAUUCCAAGAAAACCUUUUUGGUGGAAUGUUCUUGAAGAAUCUGGUCCAGUUUAACUUUACAGGAGCUCUUGGUCCAAACAGCAAAUUUAAUCUGGACAAAUAUUUCCAGCAGGUUGGGAUGAGAAGCGGAUUCGGUGAACUGGCUGGUCAACUUUUGCAGGGAAGCUCCCAGGAGAAGUUUAAUCUGAGCCAAUCUCUUGUUGACAGCUUUGGCCGUAAGGUCAGUUUAGAGGACAAUCAGAAUGCCAUCCAAUUCCUUGCUUCUCUUCUUGAAGCCCCGGAGUUUUUCAGCUUUCUGAAGCAUGUGAUUUCUGUCCCAGAAAGUGUCACCAGAGAUUUAGGCAAUGUGGUAAGGAUUUUGUUGAAAGCAAGAGACUGCACAGAAGAGGACAAGGAUGCCCUCGUCCCUGACUGUACUGCAGAUGGGAACUACAAGGAGAUCCAGUGUAAUAGAGGGGAGUGUUGGUGUGUAGAUUUAAGGGGGAAAGAAAUCCCCGGAUCCAGAGUGCGAGGGACAAACCCACGGUGUCCUACAGUGUGUGAAAAGCAAAGGGCCAGUUUGCAACUCUUAAUAAGAGACCAGCCUGCAGGAUCUGAGAUGUUUGUUCCUUCAUGCACCAAAGAAGGAAAAUUCCUGCCAGUCCAGUGUCAUGGAAAAAACUGCUUCUGUGUCAAUUCAGACGGCAUACCUGUUCCAGCAAUAAGUACCAAUUCUGGAGACCCCAUACAAUGUCCAAGUGACUGUCAUCUUGCAGCUGGUCAAGCUUUUCUGAGAUCUGCUCAGCAGUUUCUAUUGAAUCCCACUGCUCUGACUCAACUGUCCAACGUUUACGUGCCUCAGUGCAGUCUUGAUGGACAGUGGAGGCCAAUCCAGUGCAAUGGUCCACCUGAACAAGCUUUUGAGUGGUAUCAAAGGUGGAAUACCCAGAACAACAAUAACAAUGUGCUCGCUAUCCCUGACUUGGCAAACAUACUCCUCGACUACAAGGCAAGAUCCCAGCAAAGCUUUGAAGAUUUUAUCAAAAUUCUCUACACAGCUGGCCACCAGAAUGUUUUCCCAGAAUUCUUCAGAUACUCAUCUUUCGAAGCUGUUCCUCAAGAUCUGCUGAAGGGCAAUACAUUACAGAUAUCUGAGAACGCUUUACUGGACCCGUUCACUUUUUGGCAGCUUCUUCAAGGUCGCCUUAACCAUUAUCCAGGGUCUUACAGUGAUUCUAGUAUCCCCUUGGGCCAUUUUGAUCUUCGCAACUGUUGGUGUGUGGAUGACAAGGGACGCUUGCAAGGAAGGCAAGCCAGUGUAAACCAAGUUCCAACUUGUCUUGGAACAUGUGAAGCUGCAAAGCGAGAAGCUGUGGGAUUUGUUAACAAGGUGGAACAACUUAUUCAGGAAUCAAACAGCUCUCAUUUUCCUUUCGGACAAAGCUUUUUAAUGAGCCAAGGGUCCAUGUUAAGAGGCAGAGAGCUUUGGAGUAAUUUUUCUCAGCUGGAAAGCACUUUUGCAGAAAUACUGUUGGCAGGGAGCGAUUAUGCCAUCCAGUUGGCUGCACAAUCAACUUUGCAAUUUUAUCGGAAGAGUCUGUUUGCAUCCCUGGACUCUGCGGGGGAGGCUCUGCGCUUGGCCUUUCUGCCUUAUAUUCCCCAGUGUGAUGGACAAGGGAACUGGGAGCCCAUCCAGUGCUAUGAGAGCACAGGUCACUGCUGGUGUGUAGAUGAGACGGGACGUUAUGUUUCAGAUUCUUUGAUGACACGUUCAACACAACUGCCCCAGUGCCCCAGCUACUGCAAUCUGUUGAAGUCGAAAGCUCUGGUGCGGGAAAUUGGUAGAGGCUACAUCCCUGAGUGUGAAAGUGACCCUCAGGGUUUCUCUCCAGUGCAAUGCAGUGAAGAUCAAGCAAGCUGUUGGUGUGUCUUUGACAAUGGUCAGGAGGCACCAGGGACAAGAGUUAAUGGCCAGAAAUCUGCUUGUGAACGUCCACGGUGUCCUCUACCUUAUAACGCUUCUAGCCCGACCAACGGUGGGGUUUUUUGCAACAUCAACACUGCAAACACAAAAACUCAACAAUGUCAAGUGAUUUGCUCUCCGGGCUAUCAAGACGUCUUUUCCCAAGGAGAUUCUCUUCUGUGUGAUACUGAGAAUCUUCUCUGGCUUACAAGCCCGCCUCAUUCUCAUGCCUGCCAAAGACUGCAGCCAUUCCAGAGUGUCCAGAUUCAAACCCAGUUUCAGCUCAUCUUGCCUCCCGAGAAGACCUGCAGCCCUGACUAUUCUGGGUUGCUGGAGACAUUCCAGAUCUUCAUUCUGGACGAGCUGAAGUCUCGUGGCUUUUGCCAUAUUCAGGUCAAUACUUUGGGGAACUUGGUGUCUGUUCCAGUCUGUGGAGAUUCUGCUGUCCUGGUUCAAUGUGCAGCUGCUGACCGUCUGGGAGCGAACAUCACGUGGCAAGCUAUGCUCAAAAAUGUGCCAGCUACUGCACUUCCUGAUUUAUAUGACAUUGCUCUCUGUCCUCCAGGUUCUUCCUUUCAGAAUGAGAAGUGCAUUCCAUGUCCUUCUGGUUUCUAUCAAGACCAAGCAGGAAGUAACUUCUGUGUGAAGUGUCCUCUUGGGAAAUUUACCAUCUCCACUGGAGCUUUCAGAGAAGAUCACUGUAUUACUGAUUGCCAGAGGAACGAACAAGCGGAACGGUGUGAUAACAAUGGCCAGUAUAGACCUUCUUACCAAGAUCCUUCCACCCAAAAGUCAUUUUGUGUUGACAACAAUGGAAAGAGAUUAGACUGGACAGAGACAGGGGGUCCUUUGACAGAUUCCCAAUGUUCGGUCCUCAGGCGUUUUGAGAAGGUCCCUGCUUCCAAUCUUAUCUUCACCACCGAGGAAUCAGAAACAAUUGGAACUAAAACACUCCAAGGAACGCCUAUGAACACCCUUCAGCAAUGCGUUGCAGAAUGCGAGGAGGAUGAGUCCUGUGGAUUUCUCACCCUGUCAGCCAUGGGCUCAGAAACAUUGUGUGAGCUGUACAGUGCUCGGGAGAGCAAUUAUAACUGCUCUACUUCUGGACUGGUUCACGGUGCUUGGGAUAAUUCUCUCGCCACCAGCAUUGCCAGUCUCAGAUGCCUAAUUAAAGUGAGAAGCCCAGAUAAGAAAGAUUCGUUGAAUGUAUACCUGAAAAAAGGACAAGAAUUUACUACAGCGGGAGUCAAGAGAUUCGAAAAGACUGAUUUCCAGGAUGUUGUUUCUGGCGUUUACAGCAUUUCGGUUGUAUCAGCAUCUGGUACAUCUUUAACAGAUGUUCAUCUCUUCUGCCGCCAAGCCUGCCACCAAGAUGCUUGCUGUGAUGGCUUUAUCUUAAGCCAGCUCAUACUAGAUGGAGGCAGUAUUGCUUGUAGUCUGCUGAGUUCCCCAAGCGCGUUGAUUUGCAACCUUAAUGACUGGGAUGGAAGCUCAACCCGUCGACAAGGUGACAUAUGUCAACGCGCAAAGUACAACGAAGGAAAGAGCCAAUACACAGUCAGAAUUGGAGACCAAGUGCUUGCUGGAG